AUGCCCCCAUUCACAACUCUGUCACCAGACCGAAGCGGGCUUCGGUCUCCGUACUGGGCCCAGCGACGGGUGGGCUUUAUUAUGCCCGUUGUCGCAGUCGCAACCAUUCUUCAGUUGCUCUUUUUGGCAAACAUGUCGUACCUCUAUGGCGUCCUUUUCAAGUCGGGUUCUCGGGCACAUGCGCUCAAGGUGCUCGCUAUCGACUAUGACGGAGCCGAGAUCGGUCAAGCUCUUUCAAUAGCUUACCGGUCACUACAAGCGGAUACCUUCCCGACUGUUGAAUACCACUCUGCAUCAGAGUAUCCGACACCAGAGCUGCUCCACGAGGCUAUCUGUAAGGAAGAUUACUGGGGAGCCGUGUACACACACUCCGGCGCGUCGAAGCGGCUGAUGGCUACGAUUGAGGGCCAAAAUACGACUCAGUACGACCCAGGAAGCACCAUCACUUACAUGUACGACGCCUCUUAUUACCCUAUCAUCGCCAGCUCCAUCAUCCAGGCCAAAAUGGAGACCUUGAUUUCCGUUGCAUCUCGAACCUACUAUAGCGUUGCGACGGACGCCCGAGCCGCAGUAAAUCUCACCGACUCGAGCAGUUAUUCAGCAUUCGUCAACCCCAUCCGAGCCUCGUCCGACGUCCGAGCCCCGAUAAACCAAGGGACCCGUGUCCUCCUCAACACCGUCUCGAUGGUCAUGCCCGUGCUCAUGCAAUUCUUUUUCCUCAUGGGAAUGAAUGGUGUAUUUAGCGAGGCCGGUGUCUUCAGGAAACUCUCCAAGCGCGACACAUACUUCAUCAGGCUCAUCAUCAGCAAAUCCUAUACGUUCCUCGGCGGUCUUUGCAUGGCGGGAUAUAUAUGGGCAUACCGAGAGGAUUGGGCUGUAUCUGGUGGUCAAUUCGGCCAGACAUGGAUGUGCCUUUGGUUAUACAUGGAAAUCAACUACCUCGUUGUCGAUACGGUAAUUGAGGCACUGAUACCGAUGAAAUUCUUUUCAUUCUUCAUGUUGACAUGGAUUAUUACCAACGUGGCAAGCACUAUCUACCCGUUCGCCUUGUCGGCCGGGUUUUACCGAUGGGCCUACGCCUUGCCCGCACACAACACGCUAACGUUGUUGAUGGAGGUGUGGUCGGGUGGUUGCAAGCUUCAGAAUGAAGUGGCAUUGCCAGUUCUCCUGUCAUGGUGGGUUCUUGGCCACAUUGGUAGCGCGUGGUCGGUCCGGAAGAGGUGCAUUGUUGCUGAAGGUGCCCAAUUACAGAAGCGGCCAGACACCGCAACAUCUGAGAGCAUGAUAGCGUUGGAAAACGUUUAG